UCGCCGAGCGAGAGUUUUUAUUUUCGUUGUUGAAACUUUAUUGUCCCCUCCCUCCCCGCAGACAGUCGCCCGUGCUGAGGGGAAAUGAUGCGCUGACUGAACCGGGCGGGCGACCCGUCGAGCCCAACAGGCCUCGGGAUGUCAGGGAGCCGGCAGCCGCCUCCUCCUCCGCCGCCGCCCCAGCAGCAGCAGCAGCAGCACUCGACUCCCGCGCCGGGGCCUGGCGCCGCGGCGGCCCCCCCGGGACCUUCCUCUUCCUCCGCAGCCUCCUCCGUCACCACCUCGGCCUCCGCGGCGGCCUCCUCGGCGGCGGCGCCGGGCUCCUCCGCCUGCGCCCCGGCGGGGCUGGGGGCCCCCGCGCGGCCUGUGCUGGUGGCCGCCGUGGUCUCCGGCUCCUCCUCCUCCGGCGGGGGGCUUUCGCGGCUGGCCGGGGCGGCCCGGGCCGGGGCCUCGGGGAGCGGCGCGGCGGCGGGCGGCGCGAGUGGCAGCAGGAAGAGGCCGCUGCUCACCCCGCUCUGCAACGGGCUCCUGAACUCCUACGAGGACAAGAGCAACGACUUCGUGUGCCCCAUCUGCUUUGAUAUGAUUGAAGAAGCUUACAUGACAAAAUGUGGGCACAGCUUUUGCUAUAAAUGUAUUCAUCAAAGCCUGGAAGACAACAACAGAUGUCCCAAAUGUAAUUAUGUUGUAGAUAACAUUGACCAUCUUUACCCCAACUUUUUAGUGAAUGAACUUAUCCUUAAACAAAAGCAAAGAUUUGAGGAAAAGAGAUUCAAACUGGACCAUUCAGUGAGUAGCACCAAUGGCCACAGGUGGCAGAUAUUUCAAGAUUUGCUGGGAACAGAUCAAGAUAAUCUUGAUUUGGCUAAUGUUAACUUAAUGUUGGAACUCCUGGUCCAGAAGAAAAAACAGCUGGAAGCAGAAUCCCACGCCGCCCAGCUACAGAUUUUGAUGGAAUUCCUGAAGGUUGCCAGGAGAAAUAAAAGAGAGCAACUGGAGCAGAUCCAGAAGGAACUGAGUGUACUGGAAGAAGAUAUCAAACGAGUGGAGGAAAUGAGUGGCUUGUAUUCACCAGUCAGUGAGGACAGCACUGUGCCUCAGUUUGAGGCUCCCUCACCUUCCCACAGUAGCAUUAUUGAUUCUACAGAAUACAGCCAACCUCCUGGAUUUAGCAGUACUUCCCAGGCUAAGAAGCAGCCUUGGUAUAACAGUACGCUAGCAUCAAGGAGGAAGAGGCUUACAGCCCAUUUUGAAGAUCUGGAGCAAUGCUACUUUUCCACCAGGAUGACUCGAGUAUCAGAUGACAGCAGAACCUCAAGCCAGUUGGAUGAAUUUCAGGAGUGUCUAUCCAAGUUCACUCGCUACAAUUCUGUCCGACCCCUCGCAACACUGUCGUAUGCUAGUGACCUCUACAAUGGAUCCAGCAUAGUAUCCAGUAUUGAGUUUGAUCGAGACUGUGACUAUUUUGCUAUUGCUGGGGUGACAAAGAAGAUUAAAGUCUAUGAAUAUGGCACAGUCAUCCAGGAUGCAGUUGAUAUUCACUAUCCUGAGAAUGAAAUGACCUGUAAUUCCAAAAUCAGCUGUAUCAGCUGGAGUAGUUACCACAAAAACCUGUUGGCCAGCAGUGACUAUGAAGGUACCGUCAUCUUGUGGGAUGGGUUCACAGGGCAACGUUCAAAAGUCUACCAGGAGCAUGAGAAAAGAUGUUGGAGUGUGGACUUCAAUUUGAUGGAUCCUAAACUUUUGGCUUCAGGCUCUGAUGAUGCAAAAGUGAAGCUGUGGUCAACCAACCUGGACAAUUCGGUAGCUAGUAUUGAGGCCAAGGCAAAUGUAUGUUGUGUGAAAUUCAGCCCAUCAUCUAGAUACCAUCUGGCCUUUGGUUGUGCAGAUCACUGUGUUCACUACUAUGACCUUCGGAACACUAAGCAACCAAUCAUGGUCUUUAAAGGGCACCGCAAGGCUGUUUCAUAUGCAAAGUUCGUUAGUGGAGAGGAAAUAGUCUCUGCGUCAACGGACAGUCAGCUAAAGCUGUGGAAUGUAGGAAAGCCACACUGUCUGCGUUCCUUUAAGGGUCACAUCAAUGAGAAAAAUUUUGUGGGUUUGGCAUCCAAUGGAGACUAUAUUGCCUGCGGAAGUGAAAAUAAUUCCCUCUACUUGUACUACAAGGGUCUCUCAAAGACACUGCUAACCUUCAAAUUUGACACUGUCAAAAGCGUCCUGGACAAGGACCGUAAGGAAGAUGAUACAAAUGAAUUUGUCAGUGCUGUGUGUUGGAGGGCACUGCCAGACGGGGAGUCCAAUGUGCUGAUUGCUGCUAACAGUCAGGGUACAAUUAAGGUACUGGAGCUAGUAUGAAAGAUGUUCUCUCUCAAGGCUUUGAAUACUUGAUCCUGCUUUCAUCGGGGAUUCUCAGUGGGGCACAAAACCGAAGCUAACCUGCUCUUCCUUCUCAGAGUGAUCACAUUUUGGGGGGUUUGUUUUCACGUAUGGGACACUCUUAGGACACUGUGGGAAUCUGGGAAGCACCUGGGAAUUCAGUACCACCACCAUUAACUCCACAGACUUUGCUGCUGCUGGUUCUAUUGCUUGUCUAAUUUUUAUGAUGGGGGAGGGAGACGUGGGUUAUUUUAAAUAAAAGUGGAUGCUGAAAAAUGAAUAGUCAAAGUUCAUUGAGCCACACAUAGAAGCAGAUGGCCCUCUGAUGAUAGACAUGGUGACAGGUUUGCCCUUGUACCAGGUUUUUUUCAAGGGCUGUGCUUUGGAGCCACCUUCUGGAUCACCACGUCUGUCCUUUUUUCUCUUCUCCCCCACUCCCCAUUCCCACGAAGCGGGGAAACAUCUGUUAUCCUGACAUGUGUCUUCCUAAUUUGAGGCCAUCAAGUAAAAUUUGGUUUAGUUGCUUUUGUUUUUGAAAUGAUUUCUGAGUUCGGGCAAGUUUACUUUUUCCAAACGCUGAAGCCUACCAGAGCAGUCUGUUUAACAAACAUUAAUUCCUCUAUCCUGAUGCGAGGGGACCACUUCUAAGGCCACGCAAGCAGCUCAGUCUUCAAGCCCACCUGCUGCAUGGCCACUUAUCUGGACUGCCAGCUAAGUCAGGGUGCCAUCAGUGAAGUGGGCAUGUGUUGCCUGGGAGCAGAGUUGGCACCAUUAUCUCCUUGACAGGCCACCAAACUUGUCAAUAAUGACUUUCUGUCCCUUCUGAUCUGAAUUAUAUUGAAAUUCUUUAACUGGAGGUGAAAGGCCACAAAGCCUGUCCACAUACGGUCCAGUUUGUUCAACCCCUCCCUGCCACUAAACACCCCAUCCCCCAUUUGUGUCACUUGUAGAAGCCAAGCAUUUUGAAUGUUGUAAUAUAUUUUGGGGACAGGCUAUGGUAGCCUUAUUUUUUAAUAACCAUGCAUACACUUAAUUGUACAAGUGAAGAGAAUGGGGAAAUAAACUGUGAUUUCAAAUGUU